GAUAUACAAAGUCUCCUCCAGCGUGUGCAAACGCUAGAGGGUUCCUUGUCGGCCUGCAUUGCUGCUGAGGAAUCAUCAGCAAUUAGCAACCGCGAGUCGACAGCUUCCAGGUGCGAUGAGGAGAGCGAUCCUUCUCAUAAUUCUGAUUCUCCACCUGUCCAUAAACAGAGAAGCGAUUCUGAGAUAGCUUCUCAGGCUAAGUCGCGUCAGCGUGAGCUAAGCCAGUAUACAUGCCGAUGGGGUCCCAAUUGGUAUUUCAAUGGCAUAGCCAUGUCGUCCGAGGCUGGCUUGGAAUGGAUCUCCCAAAGGACGGGCCAGCCAGUCUCACCGGCUGAUUUCAGCAUUCCCAUUGAGGAACUGUCUGCUGGAUUGCCUGGUGACUCGCUCCCUCUGACUGCGCUUUGCGAGUUACCGGACAAGACUGUGGUUCUCGAUGUCCUGAAAGCCUACAUUGAGUCCUCUUUUAGGCUUGCGUACCCGGUGUUCGAUGAGAUCAUGUUUAAGAGACAGGUGGAGAAAGCGUAUGAGCCUCAAAAAGGACCACACUACUCGACCGCUCAAGUCUCAGCCAAUUUAUGUGUCUUCAGCAUGUUGGCCCUUAAGUCUCAUCUGAACGCGCCGCGUAUCUGCCUGCCCGAAGACGAGGAUAUUUAUGCGGCAAAAGCACAUUAUCUCUUGGAAUCAAUCAAAUCGGACGGGACGUAUCCCACUCUGGAGGCUGCAAUUGUGCUACAAAUACUCAGUAUGCUUCGCGGUCACUGGCACGGCGCAUCGUCCUAUGGACUCAUCGCGUUCCUCAUCAUUCGCGAGCUGGGCGGGACUCGUGAUCUACGACCCAUAAUAGUCGGUAUGCCCGAUAUUGAAGCAUUCCGAAAUUGGCAGCACAUGCAGUUGCUCUUCUGGAUAUCCUUUAUCAUAGACAAGAACGUCGCAUUGUUCACGGGCAGGCCGCCUUAUCUUGCUGAGAUCUACUGUGACUUGGCCGUGCCUGUCAAUUACCUGCCCUGGGAAGAGUUCCAGUCAUGCGCUCACAUCAUCGAUCGAGAGACUGGUACAUUGAAGGCAUUGCCACCCAAGCCUUCUCAAUUCUUCAGAGCUCAUCUACCUGGUGACCUUGAAAUAUCGCCACUGAAAGAGGAAGUCUAUAAGAGACUGUUCUCGCGUGCGGCAAAUCGUGCAAAAAAUAAUCAACUUCUUCAACAUAUCCGAGAAAUAGAUGAGCUCAUUGAAGACUGGCGCCUUUCUUUCCGUGAAGAAUAUCGUCCAGUGCUUUCUGUCUCUGAUGAGACUUUGCCGAAUGAGGCUGGUGGCGAUGUUCCGAUCAUGAUUCGGCGCACGGCUUUGCAAUUAGAGUAUCUGCAUCUGAUGACGGUCACGCACACGACUGUUCGAAAGUGCAAAGAUGCGACCAGCGAGAACAGUCCCAAUCUUCACUCCGUUGUCCACUCAAGCUUCGACAUAUCCCUGGAAGCAAGUCGCUCGAUCAUCCGCUGCUUGAAAUUUUUGAUCGAUCGGGUUGGCCAGGGCGCAUUCCAGUAA